UUUUGUUAUCGUUUUAUUAACAGUUUACUGUAAAAAGUUGAGUUGUGUGCAAAUAAUUAUUAUUAUUUUUAUUUAUUAUUAAUAACAAUGGCAGAGUUAAUUACAAUCAAUUAUGAUUUAAAAUCAAAUAAUGAAUUUGAUAUAAACGAUGUUGAUAGGAACUCGAUAAAUAACUUACACAAUAACAACAAGUCACCUACAGCUGCAGCUGGACGUUCAGAUAUUACAUAUGGAAUUGAUGAUAAUCCACCGUGGUAUCUGUGCAUAUUUAUGGCGUUACAGCAUUAUUUGACAAUGAUUGGGGCAAUUGUUGCAAUUCCAUUUAUACUUUGCCCAGCGCUGUGUAUGGCAGAAGAUGAUCCAUCACGUGGUCAUAUUAUUUCAACGAUGAUAUUUGUAACGGGCUUGGUAACUUGGUUUCAAGCAACUUUUGGCUGCCGUUUACCAAUUGUUCAAGGUGGAACGAUAUCAUUUUUAGUGCCAACACUUGCCAUUUUAAGUUUACCACAAUGGAAAUGUCCACCGGAAGAAAUUAUUGACAAAAUGAAUCCUGAUGAGCGAACUGAACUUUGGCAAAUUCGAAUGCGUGAAUUAUCGGGAGCCAUCGCCGUAUCUGCAAUAGCUCAAAUGUUAAUUGGAUAUGGUGGAAUUAUCGGUUACAUUUUAAAAUAUGUUACACCAUUAACAAUAGUGCCAACAGUUUCGCUAGUAGGUUUAUCGUUGUUCAAAAAUGCCGCUGAAGCAGCAUCUCAACAAUGGGGUAUUGCAGCUGGAACAAUAUUUUUUCUAACUUUGUUCUCACAGGCGUUGACAAAUGUGAGUAUACCGUUAUUAGCGUAUCGAAAGGGAAAUGGAUUACAAAUAACUUGGUUUCCAUUAUUCAAAUUAUUUCCGGUACUGUUAACAAUAAUUAUUAUGUGGGGAUUGUGUGCGAUAUUAACAGUGACGGAUGUAUUACCACCUGGACAUCCUGCGCGCACUGAUGUCAAACUUCGCAUCCUACAAGACUCACCUUGGUUCCGAGUCCCAUAUCCAGGUCAAUGGGGACUUCCAACCGUUAGUGUGAGCGGUGUAUUAGGGAUGCUUGCUGGAGUAUUAGCAUGCACAGUUGAAUCGAUUAGUUACUAUCCAACAACGGCCCGAAUGUGUAACGCACCCCCACCGCCAGUACAUGCCAUUAACAGAGGAAUAGGAACGGAAGGGCUUGGAACGAUACUUGCUGGACUUUGGGGAAGUGGAAAUGGUACAAACACAUUUGGUGAAAAUGUAGGAGCUAUUGGUGUAACUAAGGUAGGAAGUCGACGUGUAAUUCAAUGGGCAAGUCUGCUAAUGGUACUCCAAGGUGUUAUAAAUAAAUUUGGUGCUAUAUUUAUAAUUAUUCCUGAAGCCGUUGUUGGUGGAUUAUUUUGUGUGAUGUUUGGUAUGAUUGCCGCUUUUGGUUUAUCAGCAUUACAAUAUGUCAAUCUGAAUUCUGCUAGAAAUCUGUAUAUUCUUGGAUUUUCAAUGUUUUUCCCGUUGGUAUUAUGCCAAUGGAUGGCUGCAAAUCCUGGUGUUAUACAAACAGGAUCUGUUCUUGUUGAUAGUAUUCUAACAGUUUUACUUAGUACAACUAUACUUGUUGGUGGUGUUACUGGAUGCUUUUUAGAUAAUUUAUUACCAGGAACUCCCGAAGAUCGUGGAUUAAUAGCGUGGGCUAAGGAAAUGUCUUUAAAUACCGAUGAUACUGAAGUUAAUUCCGAUGAGUACAAUACUUACGAUUUUCCAAUUGGUAUGAGCCUUAUAAGAAGAUGGAAAUGGACAAGUUAUUUACCAUUUAUGCCUACAUACAGAACUCAUGGUAAGAAAGGGGCUUAAAAAUUCAUUUAAAUUCAAUUAAUGUCGAACACAGACAUUAUGAUUACUGUUACCAAUGUUUGCAGUGUAAGAGAGUAAUGAUCAAUGAAUGGAUUUCAUUACAAGUAUAAAUGGAAAACAAAUGUAAACAAAUGUAAAAUGUAAA